CCCGCCCCUCCCGGCGCGGUCCCCUCACGGCGGCGGCUCCAUUUUCUCGCGCUCCCGCGGCCCCCGCGUAGCGCCCGGUUUGCCUCAGCCCCGGCCGAGAGACCCCCGAGACACCGCGCGCCGCCAUGAAUGAGGAGUACGACGUGAUCGUGCUGGGCACCGGCCUCACGGAAUGCAUCCUCUCCGGGAUUAUGUCAGUGAAUGGAAAGAAAGUCCUUCACAUGGAUCGGAACUCGUACUAUGGAGGGGAAAGUGCUUCCAUUACACCCCUGGAAGAUCUCUACAAAAGGUUUAAUCUCCCGGGAACUCCACCAGAAUCUAUGGGGCGGGGAAGAGACUGGAACGUGGACCUCAUUCCUAAAUUCCUUAUGGCUAAUGGUCAGUUGGUAAAGAUGCUGCUCUACACAGAAGUCACUCGUUACUUGGACUUCAAGGUGAUCGAGGGCAGCUUCGUCUACAAGGGAGGAAAGAUCUACAAAGUUCCUUCCACUGAGGCAGAAGCUUUGGCCUCCAGUUUGAUGGGUCUGUUUGAGAAGCGCCGCUUCAGGAAGUUCCUGGUGUACGUGGCCAACUUUGAUGAGAACGACCCGCGGACCUUCGAGGGCGUGGACCCCAAGAAAACCACCAUGAGGGAUGUGUACAAGAAGUUUGACCUGGGCCAGGAUGUCAUUGACUUCACAGGCCAUGCCCUCGCUCUCUACAGGACUGAUGACUAUCUAGAUCAACCCUGCCAAGAAACAAUCAACAGGAUCAAGCUGUACAGCGAGUCCCUGGCUCGGUAUGGGAAGAGCCCCUACCUGUACCCCCUGUAUGGCCUUGGAGAGCUGCCCCAGGGAUUUGCAAGGCUCAGUGCAAUCUAUGGAGGCACCUACAUGCUCAACAAGCCCAUCGAGGAGAUCGUCAUCGAGAACGGCAAAGUGGUCGGGGUCAAGUCUGAGGGGGAGGUGGCUCGCUGCAAACAGCUCAUCUGCGACCCCAGCUACGUGUCGGACCGCGUGACCAAGGUGGGCCAGGUGAUCCGGGUCAUCUGCAUCCUCAGCCACCCCAUCAAGAACACAAACGAUGCCAACUCGUGCCAGAUCAUCAUUCCACAGAACCAGGUCAACCGGAAAUCAGAUAUCUACGUGUGCAUGAUCUCCUCUGCCCACAACGUGGCGGCGCAGGGCAAGUACAUCGCCAUCGCCAGCACCACCGUGGAGACCGCGGACCCCGAGAAGGAGAUCAAGCCAGCCCUGGACCUCCUGGAGCCCAUUGAGCAGAAGUUUGUGAGCAUCAGUGACCUGUUUGCACCGACCGACCCGGGAACCGAGAGCCAGAUCUUCAUCUCGCGCACCUACGACGCCACCACCCACUUCGAGACGACGUGUGAUGACAUCAAAGAUAUUUAUAAGAGGAUGAUGGGAUCAGAGUUCGACUUCGAGGAGAUGAAACGCAAGAAGAACGACAUCUACGGGGAGGAGGAGCAGCAGUAAUGAGAGUCUCUAAUUAGGAGAAGUUUAAAUCGGCUAAUAUGAAUAUAUAAGGAACUUAAUGAACACUGUACGAAAUUCAAUAUUGUAAGGCCUGCUUUUGUAAUCCCAUCUCUGAGAGAUUGAAGAGUACUGCACUGGUAAUGUUCCCUUUUUGGAUAUCAUGUGUUAAUUAUUUCAUUCUAGUAGGGCUGCUGUCCAGAAUCUGGCAAAUUCCUGACUGAUAUUCCUGACUAACCUCGUAAGCAGAAAGGCAGACUGAACUUACUCUUAUUAUUAUUAUUUUUGCAGACGUAGACGUGGGUGCAGAUUUGAAAUAACUCAUUGACAGCUGUGUCUUACCUUGUCUUUUUAAUCAUUUGUAAAACAUCCUUCACAAUCCUGUGCUUCUGGUGAGCUCGUAGAUGUGACGCUGAUGUCACUCAAACCUGAUAUCAAGGAAAAUAGAAACUGAGCACUCCAUUAUUGUGGACAGCAUCCCUAAAAGUCUUUCCCAUCAAUCUUAACUCUGUGGCAAAGUUGUAUCAUGGACAAAGCCCACACCUAUUGUAGCAGCAAAUGUUGGCUUCGUUCUGGGCACAGAACUUAACCUCCACUUAAGCUUCUAAACCCGUUUACAUCGGUUGGGACACAGCUGUGCCUCAGGCUCCUUUGUGUUUUAAUCUUAAUAAAAUUGAGAGAACAAAUUACAGAGCAGGCAAGAUGUGGAAGUAUUUUCUGUCCCCCGGUGGCUUCUCGGAUGGACCAAACGGCGCUGCGGUAUCGGCAUGACAGAGCCUGUGCUUCUCGUGUCUCCUGAAGGCUCCAAAUGAUUUCUGUACUGCGAAGUAAAGCCAAAUUCUGGAAACCAG